ACCGUACACCAAGGCCCUGAUACGCGAAGAAGGGUUCGGAACCAGCGUCACGACAAUGCCACCAUGCUCCGUAUCCUCGUUUGUUAAGUCACUGGAUUUUCCAAGCGAUAAGCAUCCUACCAGUCGCAAUUCCCUACCACAUUAUUCCCCAACAUUUCCGCCUUGACAGUCCUUUAACCCCCCAAAGCUUUUCUCCCGCUAGAGGGCAGUAGGUGUUCAGGUUAGCUCUCUAACUAACAGUGGUAAAUUCAUACGGGGGAGGAAUUGCCUUCAAGAAGGGAGGAGUCUUUAGGGAACUUCGGCAUUGACGACAUCGAGACAAUUAAGGGGGCGGUGACAUUGGCUAUAUUACCCGAAUCUACUUUUCAUUUCUGCUCACACUCAUUUUGAUCCUUAUAUCUCAACAAAGACUAAACACCCGGAUGCUCCCAGUUCCGCACUCCGCGAUACAUGCGAGCCUAGCGCGGAGAACAGUACUGUUCCCCAGCCCAGCCCUUCCCAUCGCAUCCAACCCUCUUCUCUUCGGAUCGCAACCGGCCCCCGGCCCCUCUGCCCCCUACGCUAUCCAGUUUCCUGUCCAUCCUCGCGCAUUUAGCUUUCCGUCAUGACAUAUUCGGACCCAACCUCCUCUAUUGCAUUCCGCCACUCCUCGCCCAAUAUUCUCUUUCGGCUUUCCUGCCUUCUCUACAGGGACACAGUGGGUAGACCUUGGUUGAUAGCCGCAUUCCGCCCGUUCCGUCUCUACCGCCAGAUGAGUGUACGCUCGGUUCCAUAUUGGGAGAACUCUCCCGUACUUACUUUCGUCAAUCUAACGUUGGUAUUUAAGCAGGCUAUCAGUCAAUCCCGUUUUCUGUUUCUACUUUCACCCGCGUCGCAGCCACGCCCAACAUCUGUUCCACUUCUACCCUACUUCACAUCUAUUGCGUGUAACAAAUGCAACCGCUUGAAUGUAUUGUAUAUACCACGGACUACUGCCCCAAUCCUACUCCCAUUCCAACCAGGAACGGCUCCGCACUUAACGAGUUAUGGCAAAAGUCGCACAGGUUUCCCCUGCUAGGUCUGGAGGGCGGCGGGGCUUCUUGGACAACAGUAUUCCCCGCAGCUUUGCAUAUAUAAUACAGGCUAACUGCAGCUCACAGCUCAUCCGGUCUUGAUCCAGGAACGGGCGUGCUAGAUUGUUGACGAAUUCUGGAUAGAAAUUUAAGCUAUUCUCUAUUUCUUUUCCUCGUCUCCUACAGCAUAUGUCCGCCACUGCCACCCCAACGGCUAGGGCGUUAGACUACCCCUGUUUCUGUGUCACAUCCAGGGUAGCCUUUGGGGUCCCUUGCCAUACCCGAAAAGUACCGCACUUCUUCCCCUACCGGGCCUACAGCACUUGCGAUUUAUCAAGAGGAAGGCUUAGGUGACCGCUAUGAGGCCAACACCGGUUCUAUGGCUUUUUUUUCUUAGGGCACAUCUCAUGAUUAGCUUCUUCAGCAUUUCCUCCUUUCGGGGCCUCCAGAGACUGCCGACUUUUUUAUGAACUGUUUAUUGGUCACCCUGCUUUUACCAUUUCCUUGUGGCCUCCGAUUCUGUCAUCUGUUCUCCGGGGAUCCCAUCUGGGGCAAGAAUUCCAUCCAAGCAUCGUGACCCCCCUCCCCAGUGCCUCAAGUGUCUGUCCGGUCCUCCGCCUCUAUAUCACGGGUUUCGCAGGACCAGAUUCCCCCUUCUCCGGAAUAAAGUACACGGCCCCUAAACUACUUCCCCACUAAAGCCCCGCCUGCCGCCCCAGGCUACUUGCUUUACUAGGCAGAUAAUUUGAGUUUCGGCUAUCCAGGGCAGCGACAGGCGGGGCCUAACAUCGUUCGCGCAAACCACACUUCCGUUUCUGUAGAAUCUCGCUCCCAGGCUGCCAGCAGGGCAUUGAGGUGAACUCGGGAUGAGUGUGCCU